UCGGAGCUUGUGCUUGAGGGAACCAGAAGUGGUGCGCGGUAGGUAAAGUCACCGGAGCCCCUAUAGUGGGACUGAGGUGGGACCCCGGCCAGUUCGGGCCCCGCCCUGGACUGGAGUGAGGAGCCACAGCGCGGACUGAAUCCAGGCCGAGGAUGGAAAGGAGCCCCCCUGAUGUCACAGGCCCAGUGCACGUGCCUUUUGGGCAUGUCGUGGCCAAUGAGAAAUGGCGUGGGUCGCAGCUGACGCAAGGGUUGCAAGGGAAAAUCAAGCUUAUUUUUGAGGAUGGCCUGACACCGGUAGAUUUUUACUUGUCUAGCAGAUCCUGCAUUCUUUAUAUCACUGAAGCCGAUUUGGUGGCAGGAAAUAGCUACCGAAAGAGGCUUGUUGUGGUCAGAAAUUCCAGUAAUCUUAAAGGAAUUGUAAUCGUUGAAAAAACGCAGAUGAGUGAACAGUACUUUCCAGCCAUACAGAAGUUUACUGUGCUGGACCUCGGCAUGGUGUUGCUGCCAGUGGCCAGCCAAAUGGAAGCAUCCUGCCUCAUGAUCCAGUUAGUUCAAGAACAAAGCAAAGAGCCCAGUAAGAACCCUUUUCUCAGGAAGAACCGGGCUGUGAUCUCUGAGCAGUCCCUCCUUCAAACUGUGCAACAGAUCCCAGGAAUUGGAAAAAUUAAAGCUCGCCUUCUGCUUCAGAAGUUUCCAAGUAUCCAGCAACUAAGUAACGCUUCCAUCCAGGAGUUGGAGCCGGUCGUUGGGCAAGCAGCAGCACAGCAAAUUCGUGCGUUCUUCACACAGUCCAGGUGACAGUUCUUCUCACAGCAUCUGCAUUUUCUCCUUUAGAUAACAAACUACAAGGUCUUGUUUUCUUUUCAUAUUUAAAAACCAAGAAAAAAAGAUUCCCGCUCACAGCAAUCAGUGAAAGAUGAGGGGAAGCCUGAGUGGAACCUGCUGGUUAUCCUGCCCUGCUCUCUGGGUGUAGGCAUUUAAGUUAGUGGGCCCCAGAUGGCGCUGCCCCGAUUCUACUAGCAUGAAGAGGGCCAGGGGGCAUCUUCCUGAAAGUCACUUGAAUUAGGGACUCUCAGAUUCAGCAAAAAGCCAGCUUGGGCAGAUUUGAAUGUGUGACCUUGACCUGCAUCUGUCCUGGAAAGGUCUUAUCAAGUUUCAGGUGGUAGAUAUGCCCUUCUAAAGGAAACAAACCUACAAUGAAGCACUGUGUACCAUAAGUCCCUUGUUCCUGGUGGCAGAGCCACUGUUCUUCAGGUCUGGUCUUAAUAUACCUGUGCUUUGAAGGCUGCUGCCAGUGUAAAUAAACAAUUGUGCAGCCUUUGUUCUUCCUCCCUUCUUCCCUUCCUGGUAGCUGCAGUUUGUUUAUAAUCACUGGGCACAUCUGAACACAGAAAGCCUUGGAGUCUAGAGUACCCAUUUCAAGAUAAAAAGCCAGUGUGUGGGAUGGAGGAGAAGAAUGUGCUUGUAAAUGUAUAGCCCAACAAUGGGGAGGUACACCGGAAAAUGGCAGGAGCAGCUGUAUCCAGAAAGGAGGGAUGGGGAAUCAAAGGGUACACUUGACCAUUCAAAAAAUAAAUACAAUUAAAGAUGCCAUGUGUGUUCAAAGAUACUAAGAUAACUUAAGAGUCCUG